AUGACAGAAUCACCCCCUGAUAUAAUAAUAGAAAAUCAAAGAGGUAUAACUUUAUUGGGGUACCCAAUAUAUUCAGCGAGAUUAUUAAUUAAACAUUUAGAUCCACCAAAAUAUCAAACAUUCCCCGAUUUGGUACAUGUGUCAGGUGGUCCUAAAUUAUAUCCAUUAGAAAGACAAAGACAACAGCCACAGACCACUGAAUAUAAAUGGUUUGUUAGUAUAGAUUUUUAUUCUUCAAAAUACUUUAAAAGUGUUAGUAAAAGAAAUGAGGAAGAUAUUUCUUAUAAUAAUAAUAACAAUGUACUUACCACGCCAGACGAUAUAGACGAACAAGGCUGGUAUUAUGCUUGGAAUUUUAGAUCAGAAAAUUGGAAUGGUAAAUAUGGUAUCGUUAGAAGAAGGUUUUGGAUUAGGCUACCUGUGGUUUAA